AUGUCCAUUGUCCUUGUCCUUGAGGUUUGUAGGGAUGCUACCAUCUGGAUUACAGUUAUAUGUUCAUUACCAAAGCAGGAAGUUGUAAUAAUUAUGACACCUGACAGUUUUUCUCAUUUUGUUUAAAUCGCAGGAUCGUAAAUGUGGGGAUUAUUGAUAAUUAGACAAGGAUGAAUUUUUUGAAACAUAUCCCUCUGCCCAAACUAACCAAGCCAACACUGAAACCCGAGAGAACAGUAGGUAUUCAGCCUUAGCCUAGUCUUUAAUAACAACUAAAUCUAUAAACAGGACUGCAUUCAGUCAUUCCCUUCUAAUUAUCGUUAUAUUAUUAUUUCAAGGUGUAACAAAUUGAUCAAAAUCAAUCGUUGAAAACAUAGUAGAUAAUAAUACUCAGAAACAAUAGUUGUUGAUAAUUUUGUCGAUAAAAGUUGAUAAGUACAAGAUUCUCAUCUGAUGUGGAGGCAGCGUAGGUGCGUGAUUAUAGCACUGGACUUGUAAUCCUGGUGGUGGGGGGGGGGGAUCCUGGAUUUCAAGUGACAGGGAUGAUCAAAUGGGAACAAAAAUCAAAACCCAAAUAAAUUCCUGGACCAAAAAUUAACCCCCAAAAAUCCCAUGCUGCAUUUCCGAGCCUUAGCAAGUUUGGUUGUACUUUAUUCACAAAACUACGGCUGCUGUAUGUGGCCGAAAUACAGGGGCAUUACCACGACUCUUCGGAUUGGUUCGAGUACCCCCAAAAAUAUCUACUUAAAUCAAGUCACCCCCAAAAAAACUACUCACCAAAUAUCCUACCCAAAGAAAUCCCAGAAUUGAAAAUUUCAAACCCCCAAAAAUCCUUUGAUCAUUCCUGUCAUUUGAGAUCUGGAGUACCCAUCCUGGGGUUGUCAUCUGGAGGCCCCGAGUUCAAGUCCCGCCCUGGCCACUUGCUGGAUUUGUUCUUGGUAGUCUGGGGGUAAACUCUCAGCGAUGUCUGUAAAAUAACCAACUGGUUUACCUCCUAUCAGUUGGAUUCUCUUAUAACCAUGUUAUGUUCCAGUUGGAUUGUUGUUUCAUUAUCCUUGAAAAGCUCCAUGAUGGGUGAGAAUAAAUAUAAUAUUAUUGUAUUUUGAGCUUAGACUAUAAAUUAUUUUUAGCUUAUAGUUUUUAAGAUUAUGCUAACAGAUUAUAUCUUUCUUAACUUUAGCCAUUAGUUUUUUUUAUUUUAUAUAAUCAUCUUAUUUUAUCAUUUUUAUUAUCAUAAUUACUCAUUAUUAUUAUUAUUGCUACUAAUGUUUUUCUUUUCCCCUAUGGCUCAUUUGAAUAUCUAUGUAAAUUUUAUAUCGAUAUUUGUGCCUGAUAAGUUUUGAAAUUAAUAAAUAUUCAAGUUUAACUUUGAGAAAUUGUUAACGCUGUUUUGUUCAGCUGAGCUUACAAUGUAAGUGCUCGAUGACGUUAGGUGUUUAAUGUAAAACCAGUUAAUAAGGGAUAACUAGAAAUAAUUUACAAGACAACAAAGAGGCCACCCUUUUAGGGUAAAAUUCUGACAAGUGAUGUGUCUUUGAAACAGCAACAUAUUACAAGGCUCAAAAUUGCGACGCACUGGUAGCCAAUGCAGCAAACAAUUGACCGCUGGCAACUGGCAACUACAUUUAAGACCUGGUCACCAACUGGUGAUUCACCUUAUGUUUCAAUCAGAUAACCCCUUGACUGACAUCUCUUAUGGUAAAAUUAUGGGUUUCCCAGCAGUAAAACAAAGUAGUCACCAGUUGGUGCCUGAGGAAAAAAGUUAAUUUCAAGCAUUUUAAGACUGGAUGAAAUGGCAGCAAAUGACAUAAAGAUGGGUUAAAUACCAACAGGGACAUGGCCUACUCCUCCAAACGUUAAACACCUGUAUUUGAAGUUCACACUAAAGACUUGCAUAGUGCCCCCCACAACCCCCAAGAUGGCUGAUGGCCUCGAUGAAAUGUUAACGUAGUACCAGUAAGGGGAAACAAGGAUGACACAGCGGUGAGAGCACUUGCCUCCCACCAAUGUGGCCUGGGUUUGAAUCCUGGCAUUGAUCCCAUAUGUGGUUUGAGUUUGUUGUUGGUUCUUUCUUUGCUUCGAGAAGUUCUCCUCCAGGGAAUCUGGUUUUUCCCCCUUCAUAAAAACCAACACUUCUAAAUUCCAGUUCAAUCUGGAAUGCACAGACACGUUUCAACUAGUUCUUACAAGCCCUAGGAUUUCAAAUCCCAUGGAUAACAAUUUUUCGGUUCCGUGCCUAGAGAUCAUGGGAAACUAUCGGUAACAGUUUUUUGGUUCCGUGAAAAUUCAUGGGAAGCCACUUUUAUUUCUUUUUAUGUACAGUAACACUAUCUGUUUUCUGGAAACAUGUCAUUCAACAUCUUUUAAAAUUAAAGAACAUCAGUGUGUACUAAUAAUUUAAUUGCAAAAAACUUCAAUGUCUAUUAAAAUGACAGAAGAUCAAUUUGAGUGUUAAAUGUGUGCACACGUAAGUGUCAAAAACUCCAGACUCCUCUCAGAUUCAACUAAGGAAGUAAGUAUAUUCGCUUGAAAUGUUCACUACCGAUCUUGUCCUUUCUUUAAGUUAUUUGGGCCUCAACGUCAGUUUCAACAAUGAAAUUGUCACUAAAAGGCUUCAUUCUUAUUGUUUUUAAACUUUUGGAGUCAGAUAUUCUUUUUCUUGGCACUGGAAGCCAUAAUAACAAUCGUUACUGCUAACUGUAAAACAUCUUUCAUGCGUGUGUCAUCAGUAACAAACAAUGCACUUUGGGAAGGAUUCAAGAUGGUGGACAAUAGAAAAACUGUAGCAUUUUUAAAAUUUCAUUUAUACACAAGCUGAGUCAUAAAGAAUUGCUGUACUAGUUAAGAAUCUGAGUGGAAAAACACUAUAUUUGUGUAUUUUGAUUCUGCAAUCUGAAUAAAUCAGAACAUGUCCCUGGGGAACUAUUGUUCGGUUCCGUCAUUUUAAGAUCACAGUAACGACACGUACGGUACCGGAAACGAUUGUUACCGUGAAAUCCUAAGGCUUUUCUUAAGAAGUCUGAAGUGCUUCGUGGGUAAACAAAUUACAAUCACAAUUACCAAUAAAGCUUGAAGAAUCAACAAUAAUUGUGAUAAUUUUGAAAAAUUAUUUAGAAAUUAUAGAUAGACAGUGUUAUUAAUUUGGUCUAAAAAUUAUAUUAUUUGUACACCCAACUUUCUGCAUGAGUUGCAAAAUCCCUUGCUAAGAUCUGGACACUUAAGUACAACAAUGUGUUGAUCAUCAUUGAGAAUCUCAGUUUCUUAAACUUUUUUUGUGAAAAGCACAGGACACAGUCUUUGAUUUAAAUAAGUUUUAUUAAUAUCUCCUUUGUAGACUUCAGCUUCACAUCUUCAAGAUGAUCUUACUGAACUUGACAAGAUCUUUCUUCUUCUUGUGGAGAACAACCUCAAAGACUGUUUCAAUGUUUUGUGUUAUGACUUGCAAGUUCGAACAAUUGCUGAUUGGCAGAAGCUUGAUGAAGGUGCGCUGAAAAGAUUUCGACUUCUACCAAACUUUGCAAAGGAUCAGCUAAGGACUUUGCCACAAAAAGCAGAGAAAACAGAUUUUGUUGCUUUAGCAUUGGUAAGUACAGUGUGUAUGAUCUUUUCAUUGGUCUUUUAUAUGGAGUUGUACUGGAAUGCUUCUUUUUAUUUAUUAACAUUACAUAAUAAUAAUAAUAAUAACAAUAAUAAUAAUUUACAGUGGGAACAAAAGCCAGCGUAGUGCUUGACUUGUUGUUUUAGGCUUUUUUUUGCUUGGCUUUGAAUUUCUGCAAAAAACAAAAAAAGACUUUGUUCAUAAAUGUCUUGUAGAAGCAUGGAAAAGUACCAUAUAAGGCACGGUUACAGUCAUCUGGAGUGGCUUUUAUUUCCGUGGAGGAUGUAAAAGUUGUGAAGAAAACAGCCACAGGUCCAGUUUCAGGAUCUGUUUUUGAAGCUAUUUGGACAAAACCCAAUGGAGAAAAGGUGAGGAUUUAACAGGUAAAUAAGCUAAGGUGCCUAAUCAUAAAUCAGCUGUGAGUGUUGUCAGUAGUUAGAUGUAUAGCACUCUGAUUGGCUGAGAGGUGUGUUUGCAUGAGAGUAUGUAGACAUGCAUGAUUCCAUGUAAUUUUCAUGUAUUGGGCCAUUUGAGAAAAUAUUCAUACCAUACCACAGAGAGCUUUUUGGAAUUCUUAGAGCAAGGGAGUGGGAGAAGGGGGUGGUCUUUCAACUAGAAAUCCAAGGGCAUGGGGGAAUACUUAGGAUUGGAAUCCCGAAGGCAUGGGGCGGGGGGUAGAUCUUGAAUUUCUAUGGGAGACAGACAAGAGUGUACUCCUUAAAACAUUUAUUUUCUGGACUUAAUCAAUUCACAUAAAGCACAAACUAGCAACACUGCUGACAACCGUGGAUGCAGAAUACAAGACAAGCAUCAAUCGCUGAGGUAUGUUUUUAUGUUCAUUUGUAGAACAAAAGGGACAAAAUAUGGGUCAUAAAUCAAGCUGCAGGCAAAGGCCACAAAGUGUACAACCUAUAAACAGCAUUGUGGUUAGUUAUGUUUUAGCUCUUUAAAGCCAGACAGUGAUCACAAAACGGCUCUAACAGCUUCUGCUCAUCUCACGUUAUUCCACUCAAUGAAACAAUCUCAGUUAUUUUGUCAGAUAAUAUUAGUUAUCUUGGCAACUGAGUUUGAUACCUGGUUCAUUAAGCUCAUUAUGUCCACGGAGCUCGCUCCACAAUCAACCUUGGUAUCAAGAUGGUGGUUUCAAGGUGCCCUUGUUUGACCUUUAGCUAUGUCAUGUUUAGAUGCCAAAAUCUCAUUGGUUCCUAAGCAUCAAUUAUCCAUAGUACCUCCAACCUUAUUGGCCCAUCACCCUUUAAAAGACAUACUAACAGAAAAGAUACAAAAAUACAUAUGCUAAGACUACUGACAUAUGAGCUACUUUUUAAUUUCUUGGUGGAGCACUGCAGCACUAACACAGGUGGGGCCAUGGGUUCAAAUUGUGUUGAAGUCCUGAAUUUUUUUUUUUUGUUGGGGCGGGGGGGGCGGUAUUUGUAAUUGCUUAAAUUGCGAUGACCACUGCGCUGAUCAUAUCUUCAUUUAAAAUUUGUAUUUCCACAAUUCACAUUAUCUUCAUACCACUGCUAUUGUUAAAUGAUGUCAUAAUGAUGUCAAAUUACAUCAUUAAUAAUAAUUACGUCAAUCAAGUUAUGUCUAGAUGUUGGAAAUGAUCAUUCUGUGUUAUUUUAGCGGCUGCGUCAUGAGAGGUUUUGUAGUUAAAGAGGGGGGCCUCCAGUGCCUGCACCACCUAACCCCUCUAACCCCCCCUCUCCUGGUCACAGAAAGCAAAUCAAGCCCAGUGUAAAUAGGGGAUAAUGUUCUGUAACAAGCUGGUGCAUUGUAAAGCAAAUGUAGGUUGCAUCUAUUAAACAGUGAUAACAAGAAAACUUCCAUUUUUUCAUUUUUAUUCCAGAAUUUCUGGAGUCAUAUUAACUCCCAUUAUAACCAGCUGUGCUGAACAGAUGUAGAGUUAGUAAGCCAAAUUGGGUAUUAUUUUGUGAACCCUGCCAGUAAUUCCAAAGGGUUGACAAAAAAAGAAAAAUGGAAAGUCUGAGCAGGAGGGGGGUUAUCGAUUAUGGAAUUUGCAGGGCAUGGAGGAUAGCUCAUUUUGGAAAUUCUGAAGGCAAGGGGGGUUAAAAUAUGGAAGCCAUCUGUGGUAUGGUAUGAAUAUUUUCCAGAUUAGCCCUUUUAUUGUCUAUAUCAGGCUAUGUAACCACUGGAAAAGGUUUCUACUGCUUAAACAUUACUCAGGGUGUGAUAUAUUGAAAUGAAACAACCUGAUCCAGUUUUGAGACCUCUUCUAUACGUAUAACUUACGAAUCAACAAUCAAGCUUUCACUUAAUCUACGUAAAAACACAAGGCAUGUCAUAAACUUCACAUUAAUUUUGGGUAUUUUAUUGUCUCAAACAAUAUUUCAUUACCUAGUACUAAGCAUAUUCCUUUUUAUAGGAAAGUAAUACGUAGUAAUGCUGCAUGAAAUUAAUGCAGAGUUCAAAAAUUUUGUCAGUUUAAGUUUCCUUAAUUUUUGUUAAUGUUAAUUCCUGAACCCUUAAUUACGGGGAACAUUAAUUUCCACAAGCUUAAUAUCCUUUAUUUUGGCUCACUCAGAAAUUUGGUGCUCCUUAAAUAUUAUUAUAGUCCUUGAAUAAUAUGUAACGUUGAGCUAUACUGCAUAUUUUUACAGAUGCGAGUAUGUUUAAGAUACGAUCGAUCACAGGGUCAGCGACAUCAUUUUCUUCAUGAGGCUGAAAUCUCUGCAUCAUUGACACAUGAGAGCAUCCUUAAUCUCCACGGAGUUAUUCUACCGGGGCUGUACACAGAUUCAGUGGCUCUAGUGAGUGCAUUUUAGAGCAUUUUUAUUUCUCUGUAGUAUACAUUCAAGCACAAAAAUUAAUGUAAUUUUGGCAGUGAAUUUACUGCAAAAAUCUUAAUGUUCCACUACCCACUUGUAUUUCAAGAUCCUUCCCUAGAAAUUUAAUCCACCAAAAUGAAGCUGGCAAGCCUCGUGAAUGCCCAGCAAAAGGCAUGGAGAUUUUAUUGUAAGAGAUACAAACAGGUAGGAGAGAAUGCAUUUCAAAGCUAAAUGUCAAGUUAUUACCUUCAGUUUUUAGUUCAAGACCAACCUUGAAAUUUUGUUCUCUUCACGUGCCCCAACAUGCCGAUACCACAUGCCACCCUUAAAAAGUUUGUCCUUUAGUACAGAAACAUGUAUUGUUGCAAACAUUUUCUGCUUGGUUUUUGUGUCAUUUCCCAGAAAUUAUGUAAAACAAGAAUUGAAUUUUAACUGGGCUGCUAAGGGCUAUGUUUUGGGGGGCUGUACACACUCAAACCAUCACAUAACCUUGUCGCUGACCAUUGUGUGACUUAGCAUCUCGUGUGAAAGUUAAACAUAAACUCAUUUGAACAUUGUAGCCUUUUGAAGACUUUCAAUUAACAAGACAAAUGGGUACCAUUUUUAAGUCAGGGCUGUAUGGUAACUUUUCAAAUUCCACCAUCAUGAAUAUAAAAAAAAAGCAAGUUAGCCAUUCUAAGCAGGAAACAAUAAGCGUUAUUUUCAUGCACCCCUCCCCCAAUCCCUCUGCAACCCAAAAUAUAGUGUGACAGUAUAACGUGACUAAUUUGACCUAACUGGAAAUUCCAAAAAUUAUUGUCGUUCUAAAUGUCUUCUAAUGCUGCUAACAAGCAGUACAUUUCCCAAUUCUGGUUCUUAAACUAACAAAGUGAAUUGAAUUUAAGUUUUGUUUUUGUCUGAUAUUGCGUUUAAAGCCUUUCUAACUGUCCUAGGCAAUAUAAUAUAUAUAUAUUGAAAUUUUUUUUCAUGGUGAUCAUUCCCCAGGACAUUUCUUUCCAGUAAGGAAUGACUCGCAAUAACAUAUAAAGAGACUCUGGCUGUCACAUUUUGAAGGGUUUAAACUUCAAAAUAAAGCAAAAAGAAACCUCGAAAGCAACCCAUACACUUCCUUACAUUUGCCUUAUGUGCAUUGAUCUGAAAUAUUACUUAGCUCUAGAGUCAGGAUUUGAUUUGAUUUGAUUUGAUUUUCGUCUAGGUGUUGGAUUAUGCUGAGUGUGGGAACAUUCUAGAAGCCUUCCCAAAACUUUCAGUUUUCAGUCUGAUUCAGAUGGUAACACAGCUUGCUUCUGCCUUGGAAUAUCUUGACAGUAAAAAUCUUAUCCACUUGAGAAUUAGCACUACGUCCAUUUUUGUGGUAAAACCAGGCAAGGUAAGAACAACUUGUAUUGAUCGGUCACAUUAAAAACUAAAGAAAGAGUGCUUGUGAAUUCUGUGCUAAAAUGUAUAAUGAUGCAUGUUUGCUGUGUAAUAUGCCCCGUACAUAAGAUGCAAAAUAGUCUUUCCCAUUGUACCUGACAUGAAUCUUAACCAACACUUUAAAUGAACACACACAAGCAAUCUUAGAUCCAGAACUGAGUCUGAAAAUGGUAGACUACCCACUACAUAGGGUAUGUUCCUUGUAAAAAGAUUCCCUCAGAAAUUAGAGACCUGCCUAAAAAAGUUUAAAUGACUUUGAAACUUAAUUGCAUGGCUAAGAUUAUUUUAAUACACCAUGAAUAAAGAGUAUAACACCAUCAACUGACGUGAUACAACUCACUUUGACUCUGAAGAUGACUACCGCACAGGUGGUCGAAACAUCAGUCACUGUCAACAACAACAGUGCUAUUCAGGACUACAUUCACCGGGACGAUCAAACUUAGUUUACUUUUGAAAUGACUCCUGGGUUCAAACCUUUCACAGAAUAAAGUUUUGUUUUCUAUUUUAUCAUGGUAGGUUAUAGAUAAGUAGUGCUUCACUCUGGUAUGCUUGUUUUUUGUUUUGAUGGUUGCAGUUUCAGCUUACUUCUACCAAUGCCACAAUGACCUAAACAAUUUUGUUUUUGUAUGUGCAGCUUAAACUGGGAGGAUUUUGGGGAUGUUAUUGGCAGGACCAGUUGAAAGAAGAGUAAGUUAUUUUUAAUGUGUACAUCAUAUUUCAUAUUUCUUUCACCACUCACUAUUUCUGACUGGCUCCAAUGCCCUGUAACCAGCUCAUGCUUACCAUAUUUUGAAGACAGGAGCAAUAUACAUCUAUGGUAUUUUGCCUAGUAAACCAUUGAUCAACCUUGUUUUCAGGUGCGGCAGCCUAACUGUGUCAUUUUCCCCUAUAUAUUUUUAUCAAUAUUUUAACAGGUCAGUAAGUGAGGUGGUUUUCUGGUUUGGGCAAAUUGCCAAAGAGAUGUUUCGUGACUUGGCAUUUACACAAAGCAAUAUGGCUUUUAUUAGCUCACAACUGAAGGUAAACGUUACGUGCAAACUGUUUAUGUGACGGUCGUUAAUUUUUAGUUUAGAGGUUUAUGUUGACACACAGUUCAGCAUUGUUAUUUUGUAAAUAUAUCAACAAAUGUUGUAGAGAAUUUGUUUGAUUGACCUCAAAUUUUUUAGGGAUGUUACUUUACUGCGCUUUUCAAAAAUUCGCGAAAGCCAAUUAACAACUGACAUUUGCCUUUUUCGCUCUCGUCAAAUAUCUUUGCAGACCUCUUAGGAAACAGAACUUUACUUAAACGGGUUCAAAAGGUCGUGGUUUGUGAUCUGUGAGUGGUGGAUUUCGAUCAGUUUCGUGUGUUUCUGUGUUUCAAGGUUCCUUGCUUGUGAUCGUAAUUAUGAUUGACAGCAGGAAAAACGCGAUUGUGAAGGCGGCUUUUGAGCUUUAGAGUUCGCGUGUAUGUGAAAAGCACAGUAAUGUGUAAGCAACAAAAACAUAUCGGGAAAAUUUUUGUUCCUUUGAACUUUUUUGUUGAGAUUUAUUUUUAGCUUAAUUUCCAAAUUGUCUGUAACUGUUCAUCACAUUAGAAAUUGGCAAAACUCUGACUUGUUUAUUUAGUGCUUUGUCUUCCAAAAGCUACAAAUAUAGAACAAUAUUCAAAUAAGUAAAAACCAAAAAUUGCUUUCAUCAUGAAGGUUAAGCUUUUGAAAGCUGAUUCGGAUGCAUGAAAAAAUUAAAAGGAAAAUCAACAGGGCAAGUUUUCUUUUUUUAAAAUUAUUGUUGGUUUAUUCAGGGUGCAGAGAAAGUCAGUUUUACAGCUUGCCAUUUCGGCAAGCUGUAGCUAGCAUGUACUAGCCCGAAAGUCAUUUCAACUAACCUGAAAAAAAUUUGAUGAGCAGGAUUGAUUACAAUUCUUCUGUAAUGUGAAUUCCCCCCCCAAAAAAUCACUUGCCCAUCGGGCAAGUUAAUGGCAGAAUUCACUAGCCCGACAGCAAAAUCCACUAGGUAGCCCCAGGCUAUCGGACACCACUUUCUUUGCACGCUGUUAUUGAGAUAGCUAGUUCAAUAAGCUUGAAUUUGAUAUAGGAUGCACUACUUCAUUUACCUGUCAGACACCCCUAAAGGUAUCCAGUAUAACUUAAAAUGAGUGUAAAAUAUAAUGAUGGUCCCUCUGUUAUGAUGGGGUCCAGAACCAUGGUGCAAAGAAACAGGGGCACCCAACGACAAUUUUCGGAAAAUAUCUGUUCAGAAGACGAUUUGAGAUCUAGAAUUUUCUGAACAUUUGUUGUAAAAUUUUUUGUUUGCCUGCCUCUGCUAAGAUUUUCGAACAUCUAAAAACUACUAUAAUUGCCCAUUUUUAACCGAUUUUUACCCUUAAAAGGUCACCUAGAAUUUUCGGGAGCCUUUUUUCUGACUGAAAUUUUCGAAAAGGUAAGUUUUGAUCCCUAUAGUUUUCGGUUCACUAGACUUUCAGCUAGGAAAUCCGAACAGAUGAAAAAUUUUUAGGGGAUAAAAAUAUGCCUAUAUCUACCGUUUAAAUACUAAAAUACGUUUAACAAUGCUAUGUUUAAGUGGUUUUGAACUAUAUUCUCGUUGGGUGCCCCUGAAAGAAAGUCAGUUUUACAGCCUGCCAUUCGGGCGAGCGGUAGCUAGCAUGUACUAGCCCACAAGUCAUUUCAACUAGCCCCAAAACCCUUUUUGAUUAGCAGGAUUGAUGGCAAUCCUUCUGUAAUUUGAAUUUCCCAAAAAACAGCACUUGCCCGUCGGGCAAGUUAAGAACAAAAAACACUAGCCUGAUAGCAAAAUCCAUUAGCCCCGGGCUAUCGGACACAACUUUCUUUGAACACUGAGGACCUUAGACAAGCUCGUUUUCAUUACAAAAGAGCCGGCUAGCUUAUAUACAUUGCCCUCACUCAAGGACAACAGAAAAAGCACACAACAAUCUGAAAUUUCUUAUGUCUGAUCUUUUCUUGUUCUUCCAAUAGAUAACCAGAAAUUUCCUCAGUCCUGAAGCUUUGAAGCAACUGUUUGAUCAAUGCUGUGCAAAAAAACAGGCAAACAGGCCAUCAUUGUCUGCAGUUACAAAAACUCUUAUGGUGAGUUCUAAAAGUGUCAGUCAUUACUAGCCACGUACGAUGCAAAUUCCAACAGAUUUAUUAACCUCGCUUUCGCAAGGAAUAAACUUGCUACGCGACGGCCUUACGUGAGGAAUUAACCAGUACAAGUGUAUAACAAACUAAAAUUUUUUAAUAACUAAUAAAACUUAAUCAUCUUUUCAUAACAGGAUUUUUCACUUCCCAGACUUCUUGUCACUUCAGACUUCAAAGGCCAAGCACCGCAUGAACUUACAUGCAAAAAGGGUGAGAUCAUCUUCCUGAUCUCCAAGACAAUUCCAGGGUAGGUUAGUUUAUUAUUCAAUGCAAUAUUAUUCAUACUGACUUGUAAAAUGUUACGGUAUUAUGUGUGUACUACAUACUUUUAAUCUUGUGUUUAGUAUGGUACAGAAUUUAUGGCUAGAUUUUAUGUUUUAUUCAUUUCCAACUAUUUUAGUAACCUUCAUGUUUUACUGUAAUUAAAGUAGUGGUAUGCUAUAGGGAUUUACUAUGGGGUUUUAUGUAAUGUGAAUUCGACCCAGCUGAUUUAAGAGUCAACUUGGGUGACUGAGACAAUGUCAACUCCCCAAGCCUCUGUCCAAUUUUAUAAAAGUAAGAUCUUUUAUGAGAAUAUUAUAACCGCCAUCAAUUUGUUUUUGACCUUGAACACAUGCCAUGGCACAAUGUUACUGCCCUUGAUGUUGCAAGUGAAAUGUUGGAUCACAACUUCUUGCCCCUAUCAAGAGAGUGAGUUUUAAAGGCAGCUUUUACACUGGGUGCCUGGGCAUGGUGCCUGAGUACAGUUCUUCCUGGACACAAGAAAUUGUUCAGCCAUUUGCAUGUGCCUGUAACCCCUUGGGGAGGGGGGAGGGGGUACUCCGGAUUUCAAGUGGCGGCAUUGACCGAAGGAUUUUUUUGGGGUUUGAAAUUCCGUAAUUUUUUUUGCAGGAGAAUUUGGCAAGUAUUUUUUGGGGUGGUUUGAUUUAAGUAGAGGAUUUUUGGGGUAUUUAAGGUCUCGGUAAAGGAAAACGAGGUGCCCACAGAAAAAAAUUCUAGUCGCGCGAGUAUUUUCGCUACAAAGGCAAGUUAUAUAUCAAAUUAAAGCUAAAAGACUAAAUUACCUUAUAAAAGAUUUUAUUUCAUCGAAUUUCAAAAGGCGCUUAAGUUUUUUGCUCUCGAACUCAGAGGUAUCGAGUUUGCUGCUGAAGCUCCAACCCUUUCGCGUUGUUAAAUAUUCACUUCCUUUUUAUUGCAUCUGAUUGACAGAUAAAAGACCUAAAGACCUGAGUUCGAGAGCAAAAAACUUAAGCGCCUAUUGAAAUUCGAUGAAAUAAAAUCUUUAUAAGGUAAUUUAGUCUUUUAGCUUUAAUUUGAUAUAUAACUUGCCUUUGUAGCGAAAAUACUCGCGCGACUAGAGCUUUUUUCUGUGGGCACCUCGUUUUCCUUUAGCGAGACCUUAAGGCAUUCUGAAGGUUAGUGGUAGUGCCCGCGUAUUCCCACUGCGUAGUUCAGCGAAUAAAGUACAACCAGCCUUCUUUUGCUCUCUGGAAAUUUUUAAGGCUCGGUAAUUCGUAAUGGGAAAUUUUUUAGGUUAAUUUUUGGUCCAGGGAUUUGUUUUGGGUUUUGUUGGAAACCGUAGGUUUUUUUGGGAUUUUAAUUUUUGCCCUAUUCCAUCAUCCACUUGAAAUCCGGAUUUACCCCCCUUUCCCCCCCUGCCCCCCCCUUUUUUGCCGGUAACCCAGGAAUGCAAAGUAUUUCCAACUGCUCGUUUUAUGGAGAAGGGUAAAACGUUGAAAUACAUCUGCAUUCAAGAGCGGUAGAGAGACUGUUAGCCAACCAGUAAUACCAGAUUAUUGAACAUUAUGAUACGUAAGUGUACACUAGUGAUAAGAUGUGUUGUUACAGUUGUCGUUCUUUUAUAUUAUCAUUGUGUAGGGAAAAGAGAGAAAGUGGUGAAGUAUGGAUUGGCGAAAAGAAAAAUGGUUGUCUUGGAACAUUUGAUUCUUCGAAGACUGAAAGUAUUGUUGGUAAGAACUUGGGAUAUCUUCCAUUUUUUAAACUUAUGAAUACAGCCACACUAGUUAAACGUAAGGUGGAAUAUUUUGUGUCCUUGCACAAACCACCAUAACCCAAAGCAACUCUUUCCUCCUGUCUCUGCAUAUCUAAAAAGUGAGAAAGCUAUUACCUUUCCCUCCCCAGAGGGAACAGUUGUGUUGAAUAUUACUAGUGUGCUUUACGCAAGCAUCUUUUGUACAACUGCUUGUUUGAACGCAGUAAUUCUCUGUGGUAUAUACAGAGGAUAUGUUCACUAUCUUAACCGUGUGAAAAUUUAGACGCCUAGCCGUUUACACAUUUGAAUGCCAAAAUCGAGGUCAAAUUUUUAGCUGGCACGGUAGAAAAUUUGACCGGUGCGGUGUGCACAAUUUUUUGUACGGCAAAGGCGUGGUUCCAUAGAUGCGUAGCGACUCACCUGGGAGGCGGCAUUUUGGAUUUGCUAAAUCAGCGCUCCGUACACGGGUAGAUAAUAAAACCACCGACAAAAUUAAAAAAAAUUAAAGGUUUAAAGGCUUGUUUAUAGUGGAAAGUGCACUUAGCUUAUCCAGCUAGUUUACAUGCACUUCACUGAAAUACUUAGAAACAAAUAACUCAAAUACAACAUAACAGGAUUAAAAACCCCAACUGGCAAGAGGCAACCAGUUGGCUAUUUACAAGCGUCGCGGAGGAUUUGAACUCGGGACGACCGACAACAAAUCCAGCGAGUGGCCACAGCGGGAUUCGAACCCGGGACCGCCGGAUUGCGAGUCCGACGCGCUGACCACUCGGCCACGAUGCCUGCUUUUAAAAUUAGUGUGUCAGUUCCGUGUGAACAGAGCGAAAAUGUUGAAUGAUUCCAUGUGAACGAAGUGUUCGGUCAAAUUUUUUAGCCGGUCGAAAAUUGGUCCAGUUCCGGGUGAACUUAGCCUGAGAGUGGAAGCCAAGAGAAAAUUGUGGUGAUCGUCGCCAUCCAACUAAAAACUGUUGAAAGGUUCCACUCUCUCGUCAUUUUGUCAACAUUGAAAACAUUACUAUUGUGAACUUUGCCUUGGUGUUGUGCUUAGUGGUUAUGUUGCACGAAAUGAAAAUCAAAGCUUUAAGCACUUAAACGAGUCAGUGACGCUGACUAUAAAAGGACACAGAUUUGUGAAAGUUCUCUAUACAAAUAAAUACAUAAACCGUGGAGCCUAAUAUGCCCAAGCUAACAGCCACACACAGUUCUCCUUGUUACACAAAAAUGUGCUCUCUGUUAUAAUUUGCAAUUUUCGUAUGACCUUGAAAUGAAAACGCGCGAACAAAACAGAAACAACAAGCGAACGGAAAUAGAGCGAUUUGAUUGGUUUAUCGAACGGAUACAAGCGCGCGUGGCUUUUGGUUGGUUAGGCGAACGCUCGGGUGAAAAAACUUCAUGCCCGAGAACUUUCUAGAAAUCAACCGAUACUUCGCUUUGACGUCAUACUGCAACACGAUUGGCCAAUCGAACAAUGCCUUCUCCAUAUGAGGGUUUUCUUUGGCAAGAAAACGAAGAGUCCAUGUUUCAAUCUUUUCAUCCAUUGGCUAAUAACACAAAUGACUGUUAUCUUUUGUUUCGCUCAAUUUGGUGGCGGUGUCCUUUGUUUAAAUUUUGAUAGAUUUCUUGUCACAGCUCCUUUGAGGGACAACUGUUUUAUGUCGGUUACACUUAUGAUAGCUAGGGUACGUCACUCUUAUAAGACUUCCGCUAUCUCUGUGUUUCUGUCGUCCAUCGAGAGUAUCUUAUAUAGUAUAUAAAAGUAUUCAGUGAUUUUAUUUGUUCUAUGAAGGAGUGGAAGACAUAAACUUGGAUACAGCAAAUACCGAGGCUGAGGAAGAAUCUGCUUCUGUGUCCACAGAAGAAGAGCCACAAAAAGAUUCAACAGGUAAAAAUUCAUUCUACUCGAUUUUCUAUCACUGAUUUUAAGAGGAGCGCAGAGUAGGUGGUAUUUGUGUUCAUCGUAUCAAUUUGAAUAAAAAAGAAAUGAUUCUAUUAUUUGAACUGAUAAAGAAACGUGCCAAUCAAAAGAGAUUCAGCCCUUUUCAGCGCAAAACCUUUCAUCAUAGAAAAUGGCUUGCUUGUCUGCGCUGAUUAGUCACACAAUAAUCACUACUGAAAUAUUUCAGGUGUUCAUGGUUUUUCGAGUUUGAUAUUAAUGUCUUUUUGGUUUUCUCAAUUAGUUCCCCCAGAGAUUCAAGCGCGUGGUAUCGAGGCUGAGCAUGCUUUUCAGCGAGCCUUAAAAAAAGGCAAAGUCAGGGUGUAUCGCGGGCGCGUUAUGUUGAUUGGACAAAACAGAGCUGGUAAAACGAGUUUAAAGAAGUCACUUCUGGGAAUUUCCUUUGAUCCCGGUGAGCCAAGCACCGACGGAAUAGAAGUAGAUCCAUCGAAAUUUGAGGUGGACGUGGACAGAGUCAUGAACUGGCAGCUUGUUAAGAACGAGAAGUUUACUUCUGAGUUUGCCGAUGAUAUUGCCAGGCUUGUUGUGGGAGAGUUACAAAAGCCUGAGGAUCAAGAGGAAAAGCCAGCCUCGGGUACUGCAACAGAGAAUAUGCAACGUGAUGUCACUCAAGGAGCGACAGCUGCACCACAGGGCAACCAGGUACUAAAUGUACCCCUUACUCGGUCGGUUAAGUGAGUCUUUCAAAUCAAAAAGAUACUUUUUAUUCUCUUCUAGAUCUUAUCCAGUGCCCAUAAUUUUUGCGGUUUACUCAUCCGCUCAUUCUUUUUGCCAUUUUAUCCUGCCUACCAAAACUUGUUGAAAAAAGAACAUUACUUCGUUUAGUUCCUUUUUACUUCUUUUUUGACAAAAUUUAUUCUUUCCCACUAUGAUACAUUUUUGGUUUCCAACUCCAGGUGGUUUCUGUACCCAUACCAAUAGACGAUCCUGCGGAGUGCUGCACAGAUGUACUACCAGAUGAUAUCCCUGAUCUACUUCCUGAUCCAGAGUUUCAUUUAGAAAUCGAUACCUCAGGGGGUGUCCCAGAAGACGUCAAGGUCCUGGUGGCUAAAUACCUACAGAGACAGCAGAGUGUACAAGAGACAAGCGACAGGGAGACUGUGGUGACAAUGUGGGACUUUGCGGGCCAACAUCUUUACUACGCCUCGCAUCCCGUGUUUUUGUCACCCCGAGCAAUUUACGUGUUAGUUUAUAACAUGAGCAAGGACCUAGGCGCUAAAAUGGAGCCUUGUGUUCGUCAGGGGGUGCAUGACUUUAUUCCUUACGCGAGUGGGGACGAAACAAACUUGGACAGCAUUCUGUCGUGGCUUGUUUCAGUUCACAAUCUAAGCGCUAAUGGAGAAGCGAAAGAUGAGGAAAUGCCUUAUUUGAGGCCCCCGGUGAUCAUCGUGGGUACACAUGCAGACAAACCAUUUGAGGACCCCCAGCAAAUAGAGAGCAAGAUCAAAAAGAGUUUGUCUGGAAAAACAUAUGAACAGCACGUUCGACGACCAUUUUACCGCGUGGACAACACCCACGCAGGAGAGGAUGAAGGUGUCGCGAAGCUUCGCCAGGAAAUAAGAGAGGUAAAGUCAGGUUUUGUUAUCUACUACUUUUCCUUCAUCAGUCGUACUCUGUUUUUCUCAAAACUUUCGCACUCCCUUAUCAAAAUUCUCUUGCAGUCCUACAGCGGAAGUAGCUUUGUGGCGCUACGCUCUUUUAGAAAGUAUGAGAAUUUAGAGCUCUAAAUUGGCGAACUUGACGACUGGUGUAAAUAAAUAAAUAAAUAAAUAAAUAAAUACAUAAAUAAAUAAAUAAAUAAAUAAAGUGUCUUUAUUGUUGAAAAGAUAAAAUUACAUAUCUUAUGUUACAUUUAAAUAUAACAAUGUUAAUGGGCUAAAGUAUGUCUCUAAAUAAGAUUAGUAUAUACAUAGAAACCAAUACAAAAAUCGAAUACAGAAAGUAAUCAUACGUUGAUCUACCGAGCUAACGGAGCACUUUUUAUACGAAGUUGUUCGCGUCUCUGGUAUUUUGCUUAGUCUGCUUGUUAAUACCAGAGGCGCGCAGACCUUCUUACAUGCUAAGAACACGCUCAACUAGCAGGGUAUAAAUGCUCACCGGCUGAACUUGUGAACAUUGCCUCAGGUAUUGUGUAAAUGUUUCUUACACAACAGAGAAUUACUUCGUCACCUUUAAUGGUGAAUGGUUUUUUUAAAUUUUAUCAUCUCAGGUUUUGCGACUGGAGCCAUACAUGGGAGAGGAUGUACCCGUUCGCUGGUUCAACUUUGAGAAAGUAGUUGAAGCUCUCGUUCAACAGAAGAUGUUCUACUUAAAAGUUUCCCAGCUGUACAACAUCGUACGACAGAAGUGUUACAUUGAGGAUGAGGCUGAGAUGGUCGCCAUGUUAGAUUUUUACCAUGACCUCGGUAUAAUCAUCUGGCAUGGUGAUACUGUGGUGCUACAGACACAGUGGUUGAUUCAUUUGUUUAAGAUGCUUAUCACUAUACGACCUUUCGACGAACAGGUAUUGCCUGUCUAUACAACCGUGGCGCUGCCAUGUUCCCACUAGGGCCUAAGGGUGCUUAGCAGUCAUCAGAACUCGUCCGCGGCCACACCAGGCCAUUCGUGAAGAAAAUCCUUAAAUAACAAUCCGAGACCACGUUUUAUGGGACCGCAAGACUGAGCAUCCCCAUCCAAACCUCUUGUUUUCACUGAAACCGUUGGACGCCAACCUGGUUGAGGUCAUUGUUAUCUAGGGUCUUCCAUUCGUAAAGAGCAUUCACUAUUAUUUAGAUCUGUCAAACCAGGUUAUUCAACUGCGGAAAACUGUGCACAGCAGGGUUGCUUUUUUUAGCAAAAACUGCCGAAAAAAUCUGAAGAUCACUUUACCAGCCCGUUCUGACUUUCGGUAGGCGUCGAAGUCUCCUACGCACCAGAGAAAUUCAAGAGCAUGAAUGGCGAUUGAAAAAUAGAGCAAAUGAGAAGGGAGAAGAAUACAGAAGCUGAUAAUCAAGUCCAUAUUUCGUAUCGCAUCAUUAUUUGCUUGUGAUAUUGCCUACCUGAAACCAAAUUUGUAGGAGUAAUUUUUUGACAACUUAACUUUAGAAAUGAACUAGGAGCUCUCCUAUGAUAUUUCAAGUUGUUCUUGUCAAGCAACGAUUUUUAAUUUGUAUGUUGUUUCUUUUUUUAAUUAGAAUCCACGCCACGCAGCAGCUUGGAGCGAACUAGAGGAAACUGGCCUUUUGAGCAUGCGUUUAGUGGACCACGUGUUUGCAGAGUUCCUGUGCGAUGGCCAAUCACAGACCGACAUUUUGUGCAUGAUGGAAAUGUACGGAUUGAUCGCGAAAUUUACCCCUGAAGACUCCAAGAAAUCUCCUACGCCAUCUGUGAAAUACUUCGUACCAGCACAGCUUUGCUCGUGUCCGGUGACCGAUCUCGACACCAGUCCCACUGACAUCUGUCCCCUGUUCAUCAACUUCUCCGAUGGUUUUCUCCCUCACGGGCUGUUCCCUCAGCUUGUUUCUCGCUUCAUCUCAGCCUGCCCCACACUCGGCUGCAGAGACGAACCAAACUUGUUUCAAAACUUAGUCAGGUUCAUUUUGGGCGAGAGUGACCUUUUCUUGAUUUGCAAGCAAUCAUACGUCAAGGUGAUUCUUCAGAACAAAGAACAAGAUGUCGGCUUGGCCUCGCAAGUCCGAGAGCUCCUGGAGUCAAUUUUGCGCAGUUUGUCACGUGACUUUGUGUGUCUGCGUAACAUGCGUUACGAGUUAUGCGUGACAUGCCCGUCGUGUUGUGACUCCAACAAAGUGUGCACAAAACACAAAGUACAAUCCUGCGCAUUUAUCGACUGCAUCCAUUUUCUGCCCAUUUCAGACGACGGAAAACUGAUUUGUAGGAAGACUUUUGGUUCUCGCUCGCGAGUGGAAGUUCAUGGCUUGGAGGAGUGGCGUGGUUUGUCCAAAAAGGUAAUUAAGCUUAUUUUAACGAGCUUUAGUCUUUUGUCUCCCCAACUUGGUUCUUUGUCAAUGAAGUGCGAAACUUGCCAGUGUGUCUGUGUGUGUUAUAACGUUUAGGGUGGUGGAAAAACAACAGUACUCAGUCACCAUUAUUUAUUGUUAGCCUAAUGUAUAUUAGAAAGCCGUCGCAAAAUUGUAUUUCUAUUCCUAUUUAUAACAUUGACUUUGUAUUUACCAAUGCCCAUCCUGAUCGGGUUAAAAUUGUUGAAAGAAACUACACCUGACCAGUGCACACAAGGUAAAGAUUUUUUUUCUUGACAUAACUGUCCACAAAGGGCUCAGUGUUAUAAUUUCCUUGCAACGUCAAAUGUUUCUUUAAUGGUUUGUUUUUCUGUUUUUUGUUUGUUUUGUUGUUGUUGUUUUUUCUUUCCCUUCAGUUUGCCCGUGAUAGCUAUUGUUCUUUUUAGGGAUAGUUUGUUUUUCUCCCCUCAUUUUGCGUAGAUUUAUUUAAAGAGUAGACUUGAUAUUCUGUCAUUUUUUUUGACAAAUUCAGGAUUUACAGUGACUGCAUGUGUGUUAAGUCCUUUCAUCAGAGUCCCAACCUUUUAAAAUAAAAAAAAAAGCUCUGGCGGACUGAACAGCCCCUGGAAAGCCAACCGACUAAAAAUUAGUUACUAUCUUGUGUGAUGUCUUUUUGUGACCUCUGAAAAGGAAAUUGUUUUAUUUGUCUCCCUUAGACCAACGAUCUGGAUCUUCUAGAUGCAGCGAAACACGAAAAAAGUGGAGGUGAGUUUAGUAUUAGGUUCACUGACGUUGGAGUUGUUAUAAUAAAUGCACGACUCAUAGCUUGAACCUCUACUGAAUGGACAUGGAGGAUAGAGUUUUGUGGUUAAUUGCCCUGUCCUCACCCCGCCUCCCCCUUCCUUUUCGCGUGGUUAAUUGGUCCCCGUCUCCACCCUCCCCUGCCGCUGACAAUAUAUGACAACUGCUACAGCGUUCAGUCUCUUAGUGUUGUGGUCUUGAUUUUCGAAAUCGCCGGUCUUAGUUUUUUGACAAUCUUCUGUCCGUGACAACAGUGGAUGAAAGUGAAAAGCGCGCUUCGGGACAAAAAAUGUAGCAGGACGGGAUGCUCAUCCAUCGCAAAUGUUGUUGGUGGGUGAAGGCUUAUCAUGUUGUACUUUGACCCUGCCAUCGCGUUGUUUCUUUCGACGAGAAACUUUGUUUCUUUUUGUCUCUCUUCACUCAAGUGUAUAAAUGGGUGCUGCCGACAUACUGCAGUUGGUAACCAGCUGUUUGACUAGCAUCCCCUCCCCUCAAUAUUCCCAGCUGUUUUGUAAUAUUGAGACCGGGUAUGUUUCUCCUCUGUGGGCUUCACUGGCUCGUGUCCGCUUGUUACCUUAUCUUUUGCGUGGUAAACGACUUAGGCUUCGGUAAAACGGGCAACAGCAACGUGCAACUUGUUUUGCAAAAUUGCUGCUGAACAAGUUGAAAAGCGAUGUUGCGCGUGUUACCACCCACGUCAGUCAAACCUGUUAACAACCUGAUUUGUUGUAAGACAGGUUUGGUAUAGGUGGUAAAACGCGCAACAUCGCUAUUCGACUCGUUUUGCAGAGUUGUUGCAUGACAAGUUGCCCGAUUUUUGUCGCCCGUUUUUCCGUACCUUUAGUCCUCUGUCACUGUAUGAGUGAUACUGUAAGUGUUUAAAUUUUGCCAGGGUACGAGCGUUAACAAUCCAGUCAAUGUGUCUUUUCUUAUGGUUUUCGGUGGGAGGGGGAUACGUGUGUUCCCCUUACACAGGCGUUACACACAGCUGGACAGGACAUCGCCUUUCCUAGUUCUGGAAUAAACCUCUCUGAAUAUUCAUCUUUCUCUUUUCCAGGAAUAAUGAACAUCAUAUCUGAGACCGCAGUCCGUCCAGAGGUGUUCAUCUCGUACCAGUGGGAUCAUCAGGACACGGUCAAGUUACUGAAGAACAAACUUGAGGAGGUUGGGUUCCAUUGCUGGUUGGAUAUUGGUCGGAUGGGUGGAGGGGACUCCAUGUACGCGGAGAUUGAUGCUGGAAUCAGAGCUUCAAAGGUAGGGAAUCACCCAGUGAAGAAGUGCACUGAGGUGGCAAGCUGUCUUUGAGCUCUAUUUAAGCUGUUAAUUGCCGGUGUGCACUUCUAAUUAUUUAUCAUCUAUUUACUGUUUUAGUCCAAUUAAAUGCUGAAUAUUUAGGACUGGGUCGAAAGUCAUAUGUUAUAACGUCGUAAUAAAUGUAUUUCGAAAUUAAGCUUCUUUUAUGAGACCGUUACCUGAAUGGUGUGGAACAAUAGGCUUGUUUUAUGUAAUUAUCUUUUGCGAUGUGUUAUUUUUGCUAAUUAUGUUUGACACUGGGUCCAUGUUAGUCUUCGUUUUUGACUUGAGUAGUGAAGCAUGUAGAACCCUAGGUUAGUCAAACAAGUUUGUAACAUGAUUUCUUGAUUUAGUCCUUUUGCAGUCAAAAAUCUGUACAAAAUCGUUAGGCUUUUAGCAGUUAAGCUUAGCUCAGUAUACUUACCCACAUGAAACCACUAGGAGAAGAAGUGCGACUGUUUAUAACGUUGGAAAAUAUUUAUUUUACAAGAGCACAGAUUUUGGUAACAUUAGAAACUGACUCAACUGAAUAAAUUUCGCAUAUCUUUAACUACCUUAUACUGUUACUAUUGAUGCUUUUUACAGGUCGUAAUUUGCUGCGUAACAAAACGCUACUGCAAAUCUGAAAUGUGCCAGAGGGAAGUGACAUUGGCUGACAAUUUAAAGAAGCCCAUCAUACCCUUGUUAUUCGAGUUCAUCGACUGGCCGCCUGCAGGACAACUGGCCCUAAUUUUUACCAAGCUGCUGUAUAUAGAUAUGUCCCUUACACCCGGUAACUUUCCAGACAAUAAGUUACAAGAGCUUUUUCUUAAAGUUAGAGGCUAUGUUGAACCUCGAUGAUACUAAGGAACUGCUGCCUUCGUUACUUUCUGAAAGUUUAAUUUCCUCAGUUUUCUCGCCUCUUUUCGUCGAUGGUAUGGUAGUCCGGCUGACUUUAAGCAAGCCUGACUAAAAUUGUUUCGAUAUAAAAAUUAC